AUGGACCUGAUUCGAAGGGCCACAAAGGUGGCUCCCAGCAAACCUCCUCUACAGCUUCCCCUCGACGAGAAGAGGGGCUCUAAACACAAGACCCUCGACUCCCGCCUGGCCUUUUUCCGCCGGCCGCUGCGGUUAAGGGGAAACUCUACCAUUUCUGUGCCUCUGGGCGUUGUAAUUUUCUUUCCUAUGCUUGUUUUAAUCCUCAUCUUUAUUCUCUUCGUCAGCCAUCCCAGCUCUCCCGGGAGAUUCCUGAUACCAGGGGGCGCUGCCCCAGCCAUGCGCAAAAUCAGCGAAAAGUACGACAAGGUGUUUGUCGAGGGCUGCGCCCAGCCCGACACCAGCCAGCCCCGAGCGAACGCUGCCUUUGUGAUCCUCGCUCGAAACAAGGAGAUCGACGGCGUUGUACAAUCCAUCAAGUCGGUCGAGAGGCACUUCAACAGAUGGUAUCACUAUCCAUACGUUUUCCUCAACGAUGGCGACUUCGACGAUAAUUUCAAGGAGGCUGUUCGAAAUUAUACUUCAGGGGAGGUCGAGUUCGGCAAGGUCGGGCCAGACAUGUGGGGAUUUCCUGACUGGCUCGACCCCAAGGUUGCUACAGAAGGCAUUGCCAAGCAAGGCGACGCAGCCGUCAUGUACGGAGGUCUUGAGAGCUACCACAAGAUGUGCAGAUUCUACUCUGGCUUCUUCUUUAACCAUCCCCUAUUGCUCAAGUACGAGUGGUAUUGGCGGGUUGAGCCAGAGAUCAGCUACUUUUGCGACAUCACAUACGAUCCUUUCCUCAAGAUGAUCGAACACAACAAGACCUACGGCUUCACCAUUGCCGUCAAGGAACUCCGCGAGACCGUCCCCAACAUCUUCCGAUACGCCUCCGCCUACAAGCGAUUGAACAAUCUCACUUCCAAGGGUCUAUGGGAAAUGUUUGUUGAGCCACCGGAAGAGGAUGAGGACGCUCCUCAGGAUAGCGAUACUCCAGUGGCGGACAAGAGUUUGUGGGAGUCCUUCACCAAGAAGAAGGAGCCUCUCGUGGAUCCCGAGUCUAUGGAGGGGGAGAAGUACAACAUGUGCCACUUCUGGUCCAAUUUCGAGAUUGCCAAGCUCAGCUGGUUCCGCAGCAAGGAGUAUCAGGAUUUCUUCGAGAUGAUGGACCGGAGUGGCGGUUUCUGGAUGGAACGAUGGGGCGAUGCUCCUAUCCAUUCCCUUGCCGCUGGCGCGUUGCUGGGUCCUCAAGAUAUCCACUACUUCCGAGACUUUGGAUACCGACAUACAACCAUCCAGCAUUGUCCUGCGAAUGCACCGGGCAAGCAGCUCGCGCGAGAACCUUACCUGGAGAAGACGACAUUCCCCGAGCGAAAACGAAUCGAGGAGGACGACUACUGGGAACACUGGGAUGACGUACAAGAAGGUGGUAUUGGCUGCCGGUGCAGAUGCGACACAGAUGUUGUCGACGUGGAGGGCAAGGAAGGAUCUUGUCUUGCUGAAUGGGUCGACGUUGCGGGAGGUUGGGCUCAUCCAUAUUGA